AUAAAUUUUUACACCGCAAGAUAUUAAACUCUUCUAUAUAUUAGAGUUACAAACAGAGAUUCAUCACAAAACCAUCCAACAUGGAUCUUCAAAUCAUAUGCUUCACGUCCAUUUUCUCCCUUCUCAUGUUUGUGUUUAUAGCAAACAAAAUACUAACCAAGAAAUCUGAGUCAUCAGCUCAAAAUUUGCCACCAGGUCCAUUGAAGUUACCUAUCAUAGGAAACAUACACAACCUUAUUGGUUCACUUCCUCAUCAUAGGCUAAGAGAUUUAUCAACAAAAUAUGGACCAUUAAUGCAUCUAAAGCUUGGAGAAGUUUCUACUAUUGUGGUUUCAUCAGCUGAAUAUGCAAAAGAAGUGAUGAAAAACCAUGAUCUUGUCUUUGCAUCAAGGCCUCCAAUCCAAGCUUCAAAGAUCAUGAGUUAUGAUUCUCUUGGUUUAGCUUUUGCACCUUAUGGUGAUUAUUGGAGAAACCUUAGAAAAAUUUGUACACUUGAGCUAUUAAGUUCAAAACGUGUCCAAUCUUUUCAACCAAUUAGAAGUGAAGAGGUAACUAAUCUAAUCAAGUGGAUAUCUUCUAAAGAAGGAUCACAAAUCAAUUUUACCAAAGAAGUUUUUUCAACAAUUUCUACAAUCACUUCAAGGACAGCCUUUGGGAAAAAGUGUAAAGAAAAUCAGAAAUUCAUAUCUAUUGUAAGGGAUGCUAUUAAGAUUGCUGGUGGUUUUGAUUUGGGAGAUUUGUACCCUUCUUGUAGAUUGCUUCAAAAUAUAUCUGGAUUGAAGCCUAAGCUUGAAAAGUUACACAAACAAGCUGAUUUGAUUAUGCAAAAUAUUAUUGAUGAACAUAGGGAGGUUAAUAAAUCAAGGGUUAAUGAAAAUCAGGGUGAAGAAGUGGAGGAAGAUCUUGUAGAUGUGCUCUUGAAGCAGGACGGUUUGAAUGAUAAUAGUGUCAAGGCUGUGAUCUUGGAUAUGUAUGGAGGUGGAAGUGAGACAUCAGCUACAACCAUAACAUGGGCAAUGGCAGAGAUGAUUAAAAAUCCCAAAAUAAUGGAGAAAGUACAAGCUGAAGUAAGAGAGGUAUUUGAUAAAGAAAGAAACCCUAAUGAAAGUGACAUGGAGAAAUUAACAUACUUAAAAUAUGUUGUGAAAGAGACAUUGAGAUUGCACCCUCCUGCUGCAUUUUUGCUUCCAAGAGAAUGUGGACAAGCAUGUGAAAUAAAUGGGUAUGAUAUACCUUUUAAAAGCAAAGUGAUAGUGAAUGCUUGGGCCAUUGGAAGAGAUCCAAAUCAUUGGGAUGACCCAGAGAGAUUUUAUCCUGAAAGGUUUAUUGAAAGUUGUGUAGAUUAUAAGGGAAAUAAUUUUGAGUUCAUUCCAUUUGGUGCUGGAAGAAGAAUGUGUCCGGGAGUAACAUUUGGUUUGGUCAAUGUUGAGUACCCACUUGCAUUGUUGAUGUAUCACUUUGAUUGGAAACUUCCCAAUGAGAUGAAAAAUGAAGAUUUGGACAUGAGUGAAACUUUUGGAUCAGCGGUUACUCGAAAAGACGAUUUAUACCUUAUUCCAGUCAUGUAUCAUCCUUAGCUUAAUUCACAUGUUAAAUGUAAGUGACAUCUAGUUCACAAAUCGUUUGAUUUAUGUAAACAUCGUUGUGGUAAUAAUCGUAAUACUAAAGAAUAGAUGGCUUCAAGAAUUUCAUAAUAUCUAACAUAUUUAGGGAAGGGAACCAUUGUGCCGAUAAAUUUUAGUUUGCCUAUUAAUAGCUUUACAUGGUCUAAUACUCCUAAUGUUAUCAUUGAAGUCCUUGUGAAAAACAAGCUUGAUCUUCCAUUUUAUAUAUUUUGUUAGCCUUGAGGGUUAGGUUUGGGCCCUCUUUUGUAUU